CCGCCACCUGCACACAAAGGGACAUAAAGACAGAACUCUAUCAAUCGACGAUCGUCAAACCACCUCAUAUUCUCUAUGUCGUACUCUCUGCCUCUCUGUGUAAGAACAACCCUCUCAUUCCAUCACUCUCUCCCUCGUCUUCUUUCGUUCUGAUUCCUUGAUUGCAAAUCUUCGAGUUUUGAGUCUACAUCUUCUUGACUGUCUAAUCGUUCAAUCGAAUCCUGAUCCUUAAGAAUCUGAAUUUUUCUUUGCAGGAACCCUAAAAAGGUGGAGGAUUGAUCUCUGGGCUUUCGGCUUUUCCUUGCUUUGAUCAGAACCCAUAGUAAUCGAGAAUUAGGGUUAGGGUUUUAAUCUCGCUGGAGCCCAACUAAAUUGUCAUGUAUCAUGUUUUCAUCUUGCUAUCACAGAGAAAGUGAAAGAAGGAUUAGCUUCUCCAUAAUUUUCUCAUGUUUACUUUCUUUAGGGCUAUCUCUUGUAGUGGUUCGUUCUGAUUAUCUGUAGCUUCAAGCAAAUAUUGGAAACAAUCGAGGAUUAUUCAAUUUUGGUUUCUUUUCUGUAUUUAUUUGCUCGUUAUUUUGAGUUUUAACGAAGAAUCAGUGAAAAACUUUUGGAGUCCACAAAAAAAGCGCCAUUUCAAAAGAAAGAAAACAGAAAGAAAAAUAAAAAAGAAAAGAAAAGAAGAACAAACGAAGAGAAAAUUUGAGAAUAAUAAUAUUUGUGAUAUAAAUGGGAUAUAAUGGUCAGCAGCAGCAGAGGUUAGGCAUUACAGAUCCCAUUUCAUUGGGUGGACCUACCGAGUACGAUCUGAUCAAAACCCGCCAACUUGAUAAGUAUCUGCAAGAUGCAGGAUUGUAUGAGAGCAGGGAGGAGGCUGUGAGUAGAGAGGAAGUGCUUGGAAGACUAGACCAGGUUGUGAAGAAUUGGGUCAAAGUGAUAAGUCGUGCCAAAGGAUUGAAUGAGCAAUUGGUGCAAGAAGCAAAUGCUAAGAUAUUCACAUUUGGUUCUUAUCGUUUGGGGGUGCAUGGCCCUGGUGCGGAUAUUGACACUCUUUGUGUGGGACCUACACAUGCGACACGAGAUGAAGAUUUUUUUGGUGAGCUGCAUAGAAUGCUAUCAGAGAUGCCUGAAGUGACAGAGUUGCACCCUAUUCCUGAUGCUCAUGUCCCAGUGAUGAAAUUCAAAUUUAAUGGGAUUUCAAUAGAUCUUUUGUACGCAAAACUGUCACUAUGGGUUGUUCCGGAAGACUUGGAUAUUUCACAAGACUCCAUACUACAAAGUACAGAUGAACAGACUGUUCGUAGUCUUAAUGGCUGCAGAGUGACUGACCAAAUUCUGCGUUUGGUACCAAAUAUCCAGAAUUUUCGCACAACACUAAGGUGCAUGAGGUUAUGGGCAAAGCUUCGUGGUGUUUACUCGAAUGUUGCAGGUUUUCUUGGUGGAAUAAACUGGGCGUUGCUUGUUGCUCGCAUUUGCCAGUUAUACCCCAAUGCGGUUCCUAAUAUGUUAGUCUCUCGGUUUUUUAGAGUAUAUGAUCAGUGGCGGUGGCCUAAUCCAGUCAUGCUGUGUCCAAUUGAAGAACGUUCCCUUGGUCUUCAAAUUUGGGACCCUAGAAGAAAUCCAAGGGACAGGUUUCAUUUAAUGCCCAUAAUCACUCCUGCAUAUCCCUGCAUGAACUCCAGUUACAAUGUUUCAUCAAAUACUUUACGUAUUAUGAAAGAAGAGUUUCGGAGGGGGUAUGAAAUUUGCGAGUCUAUGGAGGCAAACAAGGCUGAUUGGGAUACACUUUUUGAACCUUAUCCCUUUUUUGAAGCAUAUAGAAAUUAUCUGCAGAUAGACAUCUGUGCGGAAAAUGCUGAUGAUUUAAGAAAGUGGAAAGGUUGGGUUGAGUCUCGACUUCGUCAGCUCACACUAAAGAUUGAGAAGCACACAGGCAAUAUGCUUCAGUGCCACCCACACCCUGGUGAUUUUCAAGACAAGUCCAGACCUUUUCACUGCUCUUAUUUCAUGGGUCUGCUACGGAAACAAGGGAUCACUGUAAAUGGAUCAGAAGAGUUUGAUAUAAGGUUAACGGUUGAAGAAUUUAAGCAUUCUGUUAAUGUGUACACGUUAUAUAAGCCUGGUAUGGGGAUUUGUGUGACCCAUGUAAAAAGGAAGAAUGUUCCUACCUUUGUGUUUCCUGGAGGGGUUCGUCCCCUGCGUCCAUCUAAAGUGACUUGGGAUGGUAAGCAGGCCUUGGAAGCCAAGGUUUCUAGUUGUGGAGCAGAAAAUUCUGAUAAUUAUGGAAGGAAGAGAAAGCGGAUUGAUGAUGAUGCAGAUAAUAACUCGGGCAAUGGAAAUUUUAAUCACACAAACAGCAACAGCAUAGGAGGAGAAGCUGAAAACAGCGUAAUUGAUAGCUCUAGAAAUUCAACUAAUCUUACAGAUACUCCUUCGAAGAAUGGCAUAGUUGACGUAUUAGUUGGUGGAUGCAAUCCUGUUAGUAAAGCUCCAUCUUCCACUGCUGAUACAUCAAGUUCUAAAGAGGCCGAGAAACUAGCAAUUGAGAAAAUUAUGUCUGAUCCAUACGUCUCCCACCAAAAACUUGAAGAGCUUGAUGAUGCCUUUGAAUAUGGGGGAAAUCAAGCCAAGAAUUCUGGGGGAAACACAAAAGGCUUCACUAUUGAGGGUUCAACAGAGAAUGCAGCAGUGGCAGUGCCAACAACAUCCAGCAGUCAUCCUCCCUCUGGUUUGAAGGCGAACUGGAGCUCCGAAGAGCUUGAGCUGGAGGAACUCAUGGCACCAUUCCCUAAUGUGAUUACUUCUGCACCACCAACCCAACAAAAGCCUCUUAUCAGGUUAAACUUUUCUUCUCUAGGCAAAGCUGCCACCAACAAAACCACAUGAAAUGCUGCGCCGUGGAACCGAUGCCAAUUUUAGAGAGUUGUUGAGAGUCUUCAACUUUUUUAAGAAAGUGUAUUUAUUUCUUCUACUUGUGUAAUGAUAAUAAAAAAUCCUGCAAACUUUGCUUAGAUCCUUCUUCUUGUUAAUAUUUAUGUUGUUGAUUACUUGAAUGAGCAUGGCACAAUACAUGGUGGU